UUUUUUUUUUUUUUUUGGUUGGUUUUUUUUCACUCCUCUCUCUCUCCUCCUGGCUGGGGACUUGAAUGCGAGGGUCAGCGUCCACGCUGGGGGAUAAAACCUGACAGGAAGCGGGGCUGCUUUGAAUGCUGCCUGCGUUUCUCAGAAGAGAGGAGAGGAAGAGAAACGGAGCGAAGCCAGCGGAGACCAGACGGGAUUGUGGGAAUGAAUGGGAGUCCUCACGCAGCGUGCGCUGGGAAUAGCUGUCCAUCCCGGCUCUUCAGGUGAAGGGACCGGCACUGAGGACGUGACACGGCGGGCAGACUGAACGCCACCGGCAGCUGCACCAGGCUCCGCCCUCUCUGGCUCCGCCCCCUAGCUCCCGCGUUCCGAUUCGCUCGUCCGGAGUUCGGCAUCGGAGAAACGCAUGGGACCCCCUCUUUCAAAUAGCCAGUGUACAGGGCAGAGGUAGAAGGAGACCCUCGACUUCAGGCCGGGCUAAGGGAGCACUGAUAUUUGCGCUCGGGCGGGGGAGUGGUCCGCUCCUCGGGUCAUGGUCAGCUGACUCUCCUCACAGCGGCACAUGACCUCUGCUGCACAGCUGGGCGUGGUCAUGAGCGCCUCGCGGUCGUAGGUAAUGAUGCUCACGCCUGUUCUACGCCCUCACAGGUAAUGACGAAGUGUGAGCCUGACGCUGGAGAUGCUGAAGAGAAGAGACGUCCUUGCCAUCGUGUUGAUCGUGUUACCGUGGACCUUACUCAUCACAGUCUGGCAUCAAAGUGCAAUCGCUCCUCUGCUCGCCAUCCGGAAGGAUGACAGGGGCCCUACCAGGAGAGACGCAGGCCAGGGCUCGGACUCCAGGGAGUACUGCUCUCCCGACAAGGACAUAGUGGAGGUGGUGCGCACCGAGUACGUGUACACCCGCCCCCCGCCCUGGUCCGACGUGCUCCCCACCAUCCACGUCGUCACCCCCACCUACAGCCGGCCCGUCCAGAAGGCGGAGCUCACCAGGCUGGCCAACACCUUCCUGCACGUGCCCAACCUGCACUGGAUCCUGGUGGAGGACUCGCAGCGGCAGACGCCGCUGGUCACCCGGCUGCUCCGCGAGACGGGCCUCAACUACACCCACCUCAACGUGGAGACGCCCCGCAACUACAAGCUGAGGGGGGACGCGCGGGACCCCCGCAUCCCCCGCGGGACCAUGCAGAGGAACCUGGCCCUCCGCUGGCUCCGGGAGACCUUCAGCCUGAACGGCAGCCAGCCGGGGGUCGUCUACUUCGCCGACGACGACAACACCUACAGCCUGGAGCUGUUUGAGGAGAUGCGGCUGACCCGGAAGGUCUCCGUGUGGCCCGUGGCCUUCGUUGGGGGUCUUCGCUACGAGUCGCCCAAGGUCAACGCCGCCGGCAAGGUGUACGGCUGGAAGACGGUGUUCGACCCCCACCGGCCCUUCGCCAUCGACAUGGCGGGAUUCGCCGUCAACCUGCGGCUCGUGCUCUUCAAGCCCCAGGCCUACUUCAAGCUGCGCGGCGUCAAGGGAGGCUAUCAGGAGAGCAGCCUGCUGAGGGAACUGGUGACCCUCAACGACCUGGAGCCCAAAGCAGCCAACUGCACCAAGAUUCUCGUGUGGCACACCAGGACAGAAAAGCCCGUCCUCGUCAACGAGGGGAAGAAGGGAUUCACGGACCCCGACGUGGAGAUCUGACGCCGCCGCUAACACCGGUACUUUAUUUGGCUGGACCUUCGGGGGGUUGAACUCCAGCAGCCAUUUUGGACAAGCCUGGCAGGAAAGAACUGUAUUGCCGAGCGACUCCAUUUCAGGGACCGCAGAGUACUAGGGAGAAGAAUCCCUCGACCAUAACAAUGUUAACUAAAAACAAAAUAAACACUUACAAUGACCGUGAUGUACAAAAUAAAUGCACUGUAAGUAAAGCACAGAUUAGUCCAAGAAGGCAAUAUUUAUUAAUUUUUAGUGUUGAAAUGAAAUACGAUGUAAUAAUAACAGACUGAAGACCCAGUCAGGGGCAAGUGCAUCUCAAAAGGGCCACAGAGUGUGCUUGGUUUUUUUGUGGGGUUUGGGGGUGGGUUAAUAUAUGUAUUUUUAUUUUUGGGCAAUUUUUUUGUUCUUCUUUUUUAUAUCUGCAUGGUGUGAUACUGUGACAAUUUCCAGCAUCCAAUCCCGUGAACGAGCGACGCCCCUCCCACACAGAAGGCAAACAGAAUCGAUGUCACUCACCCAGGAGCUGACCAAUCAGAGUGCAUCUCCAACUGUCACCCAUUCAUUCGUCAUUUGGCUGGCCGUGCCCUGACCUCACUUUUGGGGUUUGGGUGGGAAGGGGGGGUGGGGGGGGCAGCACAAGAGAAAGAGAUGCUUGUUUGGAGUGAGUCAGCAGCUAUGAAUGGACUGGAGGAAAACAACCAAACAACCAUCGGCCCUCAAUCCUGAAAAAAGAGGCACAGCACCAGCCCCCCCCCCCACCCGAAAAAAGAGGCACAGCACCAGCCAAACACCCCCCCCCCCCCCAACCUGACAUGUGACAUCCGCUGGGGACCAGGACACCUGCUAGUCUUUUGGCACAUAAAGGUUUUGUUUUUUGUUUUUUAAAGGGAAGGGUUGCUUUUAGCUUUACUUAGCCUCCCUAAACCUCUUAAUUGCUUUCUGUUUGUUCCAUGUUUACACGCGGUUGUCCAAUACUACUGAAUCCUGUCUUGAUUUCAGACUUUGGUCUGGGGUACAGGGUCCUGGGUCAUGUGAAGAAUUCCUUCAUCAGAUGUCUACUGAAACUGGUGCCACCCCUAAACCAUGGCACGCCUCUGAUAUUUAUGAAAUUUGUAAAUUUGCUUCUACUGACUUUGUUUCACGAUAAUGCGGGGCAGGUUUCCGGAACGUGGCUUGACAUUUUGCUGCAUUAGAGAUAAUUCGUCUCUGCUAUGAUUCACACACUCACGCUUCUCUGACACUUGAACACUUGUUUUUUGUUAAAGUGUUCAUUUAUUUCACCGUUCAGUUCGAGGGGGAAAGUGAAAGAUCAAUAAAUGCUACAGGCCACCGUUUACGAACAAGUAGCCAUUCCCUUGUUUUAAGCUUGUCUUGAAUUUUCCUACGGAUUAAGAAAUGACUGCAAUCCUCUUGUAAUGUGUCAUAUGUGCUUGCUUCACCCGAACUUAUAAACAGAAAAACUGGCAAUUUGUACGUCUGCAAGUCAACUGAUGUUUUCAUUUCACAUCAUCAAUGAUGCUUGAGGGCAUAUUUAUUUCGAGUGGGCUCUUAAAAGUUAAGUGGAAGCUGCUCUCGUAAAUUAAAUUAAUGUAAAUAUUAACGAGGAGUGGGAAGCGAGGCCUCGCUAUGAAAUUUUGAUCACGAGUAGAUCACACAGCUAUUUCAUUACCGCAAAAACGCAAAUGCAUAAAUGUGAAAUGCAUCCACUUUGCAUUCCAGUGCCCUAAGGCCACCAUACAUGCCCUACUUUAAUUCUAACCGUGAUUGUGGCACGUUUUCUCACGCCAAAGCCCUACAAACAGCCACGACUGCUCAAUUGAACCCGUGCCUGGGUGAAUCUGGCCAUUUUGGGAAUUACAGAUUAGGCGCUUUGUCUUGUUUAUGUGCAUUGACAGGCAUUGAAGCCACAGUCUGAAUGACCUCAUUGUGACUUCAUGGCAGGUAAUGACAGGCGUCGUGUCAUAAGUACUACAGCGUUAUGUAACGUAGGCUUUACUGCGUGUAGCUCAAGUAAAGCGUAACUGGAAAAGUCAAAUGCAACAAGGGGCGACUGUUGGAAUGGGAGGCGGAAUCAAGUCAACGCAGACGCCUGAAAAUAAAGAAAUCAAUCUGUUUCUGCGAUGUGACAAAAGGCACCCAUCAAAUGCUGAUGAGUACUCUGUGAACACUUGACUGAAAGUUUCAGUUCUUAUCAAAAUGGAAGCCCUGUUUCGAAGGCGGCUCUGCUUUCUUUUCCCCCCACAAAGGUUAGAGCUGCCGUCUCGUUGCUUGACAGAUUUGUUCCCUUCAUUUUUCGCCGAAUAACAAAUAAGUUGUUUAACAUA